AUAAAAGUUUUGAAUGCGGUUAGUGCCACCACUGCAUUAUUAUUUGAAGAGGGGUUACAACGUAUGAAGUUUCACAUGUUGCUUUUUAAAUUUUAAAAUCAUAACAAAAAUGGGCUCCGAAGUGAACAAUGCUAUGGUGAUUAUGAUGCGGGAGAAGAUAUCCAUUGUUGAUUUACUUAGCUCUUCUAAAAUUACCUCUAGUUUAUUAAAGUCUCAAAUGUUUAUAGAACAUCUAAUUCAUUUUACAUUCAUUGGCAGCACAAAAAAUACACAAUUCUUAAAUUAUUUAAAUGAAGGCAUAUCACUUCAGGUUUUUCAACCAAUGAUUGUAACUGAGCGUAUUCUAAAACUUUCGCUUGGAACUUCAAUCAUUUCCUUUAGUGGCGCAAUAGAUGUUUUGAAAAAGUGUAUAAAUGUUUCUGUUAAUUCAAGUAGUGGUUCAAAGUCAAAUAUUUGCAAACUUAUUUCCAGUGUAGUAGUCUGGCUGUUUGAGAACACUAUUGACACAUUUAAACUGAUGAAUGAUUGCAUCGAGGAAAAAAACUUUACUGAUCCCCAAACUUGUAUGUCUGUUAUUGCAAAAGCCCAUAGUUUUCUAGAAAAGCUUAUAUGCACUAAAGAAUAUGAAGAUAUGAAUGUACUGGGUAAAUCUCUUCUUUCUGGUAAAGAUUUAUCUGCAUUGCAAUCACAUAUGCAAAGUUUUUUUUCUAUGCAGUUUGAUAAAAUCAAGUCACAGGAUAUGCUGAUCUCACAUUCUCUUUACGCAGAGCUGGAGCGUUAUCUUAAUGAACUCAUUAAGCUGGCAUCACGGUAUCUCAACCCUCCUUUACUAAUCUCAACAAAGCCUCAACAAAUCCCUUACAAAGCUUCACAACUUUUUUUACAAUUUCAGAUUUUAGAAUAUAUGUCAAAAUCUAGUUAUCAGUUAGCCGAUGUCAUUUCUAUAUUUUAUCAGAAUCCUUCUGCUUUAUGUGAAAAUUGCUAUAACUUAUUUGAAUAUACUGUUCACAACAUAAUUACUUGUGUCAACAAUCUUGAAUUGCAAGCGUUUACAGCCUUUUUGUUUAUUAAAAUUCCUGCAAUAUUGCGUCAUUUAGAACCAAGAUAUAAAAAAGUUAAUGGAGAGCAAUCACUUAUAACCAAAAUCUGUCAAUUAAUAGUUAAUGAUAGCAACAUUCAAAAUCUUAACAAAAAGUUUGAAUGCAAUUCAUACACAGUUUUUGUUAAUCAAUGCAGAAUUAAUAAUGGCUUAGAUACAGCCCAACACCAACAGCUGAUUGCAUUAAACAGAUGUGUACAAUUAAAUGAAAACUCUGACGGGUUGGUUAGCAAAAUCUUAAUAAUGUCAAAGAAAGGCAUAGAUUCAAUGAAAAUUUUACUUAGUUCACCAUCUGAAAACAAAGAAAAGAUUUCACAAGAAUUGAUGCAGUUGAUUAAUUUGGGUGAACUUCAGCUACUUUUAGUCACUUUAGCUGCUCUUGAUCAGUUGGACUCAUUACUCAAUAUACUGCUUAAGAUUAAUAAAUUUGCGGAGAGAUCUAUUGAAGGGAAUAAGGAAGUUCUUAGUGAUGUUCGAGCUGAUAUGUUUAACAAUACCUUUGUACUUCUUGGAUAUAUUGAAUUAUUGUUUGGCAACCAGAUUUUCAAAGAAGUAAAGCAUUAUGAAGAUGCAUUUUUUUUAACAUGGCGAAGAAACUGCAAACUGGUAACAAGCCAUAAGCAUUAUACGCAGUCUGUUUUUGAUGAAAUGCUUGAGCAUUUGUUGAGUCCAAACAACACCCUGAUAACAAAUAAUGCACAAUGGGACGAGUACUGUUGUUGUGCUGGAAUCAUUCUUAGAGAGCUGACACAUGCACAUUUACGAAGACAUAUUACAACAGAAGUUUUGCAAAUAGUUUGUGAGGGUUUUAAGAAUAAGCGACCUGCACUAUGUAUAUGUGCAAUAGUUUGGCUUUGUACACAAUAUAGAACUAUGCCAUCAAGUGAACGAGUUCGGACUGUAAAAAUUAUCAAACUUCUGAAAAGACCUCUUAGUAAUAACAUCAAUAGUGCAAGGACCGCAAUAUUAAUACCUAUAUUAAACAUGUACUCAUCUCAACUGGAUGAGGUUCUUCAGUUUGAUCCACCUAAAGGAACUCCAGCACCUACUGAAUUACCCAAAUCUGGUGCAUCAUUGUUUUUAUCUAUUGUUUCUGAUGCAACAGGUAGAACAGAUGGUGGACAUGUUCACAUUGAUCUUGAAAUCAUUGGUAAAUUCCGUGAAUGUUUUCUCAUCAUGGGCCCCAACCAGUUUGCAAAAGCAAUUAUAAUGUUAAUUCUUGACAGUGGGAAUGAGGAUGAUAUCAUAUUAAAUGAAACUUUAUCACUUUGUUUAUUUUUGCUUGAACCCAUUAAACUUCUUGAGGUUGUGUUUAAGGAAUUACUGUGCAGUUUCUUUAAUAGCAAAUAUCUUGCUGAUCCACAUGGCUUAUCUUUGGCACGCUGUCUAGGCAAAGUAUUUGGAAUCACAUUAUUUCUAAGCGAAACCAAAUUAAGCGAAUCAAAGAUGCGGGAAGCUGUUAGACCUGCAAAAUUAGCAAAGUCUGAAGAUUGUGAUGUCAGCCAAAAAGAUCUUUUAAUUCAAUCUUUUGAAUAUUUGCUUCAUGCAAUCCUAUCUCAUUUAAUGAACAAAGAAGCUAGUGCAACAUCAGUUUUUAUUAUGAACUUGUUGGACCAAAUUGCUAUGGCCACAUCUGGCUUACACCAAUCAGUUUCAAUUGAGCAAAAUGUUGUAUCAAAGUUGUUAGAAAACACUCCAUCAAAGUUGUCAAGAGAAAUGUUAUCACUUUUGUGUGAUUUGUCAACUACACAAGGAUUUGAAAUAGCUUCAACUUAUUUCCUUAAGAACACAAUGAUAACUGUAUGAGUAAUAAAUAUUGUAUGUGAAUAAUAAUAAAUCUCGAAUAAAGAAAGAAAAUUAAGAGUUGUAGCAAACUAAUGGGUUUCACUGUAUGAAUUGGAGACUGACUAAAUCAUUCAAAUAUUUUGCACAGAAUGCUUAAAAACAUAAAUAAAUUUUGAUCUAGUAAAAUUGCAAUAUAUUUUU